UAUGAUUAACGAGUGGGAGGGUGACCUGUGGAAUAAGGUUUGAGAGGAGAUAGCAGUAACUAGAGGAGUUGCAGUACUAAGAAGUAGUCUGUGUGGUCUGACUCGCAGGGAAGGAAGACAGGGACCGCUGCCCUUCUGGUAACCUAGGUUGUGCAGUGCAUUCAUUCUCACAUCGUGUAAUGCACUGACAGAUCCUGACAGGAGGAAACCCUUGAUACAUUGGAAGACAGAUUUCCAGUACUAUCGGGUUCAGAGGAAACAAGUUUCAGGCGUCCUGUACAGCAGCACAGCCAGGGAGGAGCUGAAUUCCCCCUAUCUCCUGGGAGAACCCCCUUCCCAACUUUUGGCUUGUUGUUUUUCUAUUGCAGAACAGCUACAAUAGUGCUAUAGAGGAGAGAAGCAGGGGGACAUUGGGAGGGAAGCCUAGCCAUGGAGGUGAGCCCUAUUCCUGUUGUAACCGUCCAGACCGUCCCAUAUGAUGACCAGAAGCCAGGGAGCAAUGGCUUCAGAAAGCCGACAGCGGUGUUUGAAAGCAAGAAGAACUAUUUGCAGAACUUUAUCCAGAGUGUGCUGUCCUCCAUAGACCUGCGGGACCGUCAGGGCUGCACCAUGGUGGUGGGCAGUGAUGGCAGGUACUUCAGCAAGACUGCCACCGAGGUCAUUGUGCAGAUGGCAGCGGCCAACGGGAUUGGCCGAUUGGUGGUUGGUCAGAAUGGCUUGUUGUCCACACCUGCUGUUUCAUGCAUCAUCAGAAAGAUCAAAGCAAUCGGAGGAAUUGUUCUAACAGCUAGCCACAAUCCUGGAGGACCUGGUGGAGAUUUUGGUGUAAAGUUCAAUGUUGCCAAUGGAGGUCCUGCUGCCGAUGCUGUUACAGAUAAAAUUUUCCAGAUCAGUAAAACUAUUGAGGAAUAUGCCAUUUGUCCAGAACUGCGUAUUGACCUCUCAAGAGUUGGAAGGCAGGACUUUGACUUGGAGAAUAAGUUCAAGCCAUUUAGAGUUGAAGUAGUGGACUCAGUGGAUGUUUACCUCAAUUUGCUCAGAACGAUUUUUGACUUUAAUGCUAUUAAAUGCUUGCUUACUGGACCCAACCAACUGAAAAUAAGGAUUGAUGCCAUGAAUGGGGUAAUGGGUCCUUAUGUCCGACGAAUUCUCUGCGAUGAGUUAGGAGCCCCAGCCAAUUCAGCUGUGAACUGUAUACCCCUGGAAGAUUUUGGUGGGCAGUAUCCUGACCCCAACCUAACAUACGCCAGUGGUCUCCUGGAAGCCAUGAAAGCAGGAGAGCAUGGAUUUGGAGCCGCAUUUGAUGCUGAUGGAGACAGAUACAUGAUUUUAGGACAGAAUGGCUUCUUUGUGAACCCCUCUGAUUCCUUAGCAAUAAUUGCUGCCAAUCUCUCCUGUGUUCCUUAUUUUCGUCAAAUGGGAGUUCGAGGUUUUGGAAGGAGUAUGCCCACAAGUACAGCCAUAGACAAAGUUGCCAAAUCAAUGAAAGUUCCUGUCUAUGAAACGCCCACUGGCUGGAAAUAUUUUGCAAACCUAAUGGACUCAGGACGAUGUUCCCUGUGUGGAGAAGAGAGUUUUGGCACAGGUUCAGAUCACCUGAGAGAAAAGGAUGGGCUCUGGGCUGUCUUAGUUUGGCUUUCAAUUUUGGCAGCUCGUAAGCAAGGUGUAGAGGAGAUUGUACAAGAUCACUGGACAAAGUUUGGACGUCACUAUUAUUGCAGGUUUGACUAUGAUGGUCUGGAACCCAGGACAGCAUUUUUUAUAAUGAAGGAUCUGGAGGGUACGAUAACAGAGAAGACAUUCAGAAGUCAGCAGUUUGCUGUUGGAAGCCAUGUGUACAGUGUGGAGAAAACAGACAGUUUUGAAUAUGUGGACCCAGUAGAUGGAACAGUAACAAAGAAACAGGGACUCAGGAUUAUAUUUGCAGAUGCAUCAAGAAUCAUAUAUCGACUAAGUGCCUCAGGUACUGCAGGGACCACGCUACGAAUUUAUGCAGAAAGUUAUGAAAAGGAUCCAAGCAAAUAUAAUAAAGAGCCUCAGGCAGUGCUGGGCCCUCUCGUAGCCAUCGCUUUGAAGCUUUCACAGAUUCAUGAGAGGACCGGACGUAAAGGACCCACUGUGAUCACCUGAACUGAAACCACAAUGGGCCAAAGAGUGUAUGAUAGAAAGAGAUUAUUCUUCAAAUAAUCAAUGCCUUUAUUUUUGCUGGAUAUGCUUUAUUCUCAGACGUAAUGACACUGUCUGAUUCUAUUGAAAAAAAAAAAAAAAAAUCAAGUUUGUCAGACAUUAGAUAUUACAUUAUCACUUGUCCAAAGUAUUGCGUUACGUAACAUUAACACAAAGAUAAGAUUACCUGGGAUUGGGCAAGAGCAUGUGUCCUGUCUUUUAUGAAUUUUUAUGUAACAUUUAUUCACUUCCGUACAACUUGUAGCGUUGUGGAUUUAAAUAAACAAGAAAGAUAUGUAUCUUGUGAGUGGCUGAAAAUAAGCACAUAUUAAAAGUAUGCAUAUUAAUGUAUUUAAUAUGUAUACCACUGAGAUACUGUAAAUCUCAAUGUUUAAGCCAGUUAAAUUAGUUGAGAUACAGUACAUCUACAUUCAAGAAAAUGAAAACGCUUUUUUUUAAAACUUCAUGCUAGAGGCAUUAUUCACACGUAUAAAAUAAUAAAGGUGUUUCAGGUUUUAGUGACUGGGGCUCCUAGAAAGGGGGUUGUCACUCCUAGUGCAUUGUAUUGUGUUGUGUAGACAACUAAAACAAGUUCACUCUACAACGUGUUCUGAGAAAUCUAAAAAAAUUCUCAAAAUCAAUACCCAUCAUUGAGAUUAGAAAAUUACUAGAAUCUUUGCAUUGAUUUACAUUUACUUGUCUGAAUAUGAAGAUGUUGAUUGAAUUUACUAAAAGUUCCACAUUUACCUGGCUACAGCUUAUAAUAGGUAAACAGCAUCCUCAUGUUGCAUACUUUUUUUCUGUGAGGUGUGAAGAUUUAUACUUAAAGAUAAAUAAGUUGCCCUACACAAAUGAAAAGCUUGUUUCUGUGAUGUUGUUUAAACCAUAAGUACAUCAUUGAAACUCUGCUAAGAGUAGUAAGCACUAAUACCUCCCGUGCUGAAGUUUGAAUGUAUUUGUUUUGAGCAAGAGUGAUAAAACCUCUAUGAUUCCUAGUUAGGGUGAGAGUAUAUAUACAUAUACUACAUACAUUGAUGGGAAAGCAUUAAAUCACAACUGCACAUGUAGGUCUGAGAGAGUUUUGCAUUAUUAAAUUAGAAAGUUUACCAGCAACACAAUAAACUAACAUUAUUUUUUGAGAGGCAUGCGAACAUUUGUGUUGCACCCAUACAUACAGCACUUGUUAUAUGCUCCGUUUCACGUUGUUUCCCUAACCUAGUGCCUCUACAGUGCUAUUUGUGUAUUUCAUUUUCACACUGUAUUGUGUUUACAAAAUCCUUGAAUGCGUCAAAAAUAGUUGUAUGUAACAUGAGCUUUUCAAAUAUUUCAUCUUUACAUAGAUAUGCAUAGAGCUACAUAUCCAUGCCAUAGCUGUCUUUCUAUAUAGGCUGUACAUGUCCACUCUGCUCGUUGUGUGGCAUUUUCAGAACCUCUCUACAUGAAAGUCCCCACUGACAUUAGAUAUGCCAUUCCUGAAAGCUGUUGUACACCUCUGAGUCCCAUCCGUCCCGAUAUUGGCGGGACAGUCCCUCUUUUCAGGCACUGUCAUGCUGUCCCACAUGCGAGCCACAGUGUCCGUGGGAAGGGUGUAGUAUGGUAUGCCGGCGGCCGGGCUCCCGGCGACCAGCAUACCGGCGCCGGGAGCCCGUCCGCCGGCAUACCGACAGCGUGGAGAGUGCAAAUGAGCCCCUUGCAGGCUCGCUGCGCACGCCACGCUGCGGGCACGGUGGCGCACUAAGCGCGCCACGCUAUUUUAUUCUCCCUCUAGGGGGGUCGUGGACCCCCACGAGGAAGAAAAAGUGUCGGUAUGCUGGCUGUCUGGAUUCCGUCGCCGGUAUACUGUGCGCUGGGAUCCCAACAGUCGGCAUACUGAAGACCACCCUGUGGGAAGGGGGUUGGUAGGCACCCUCUCACUUGAGCAGCAUCUAUUCGCAAGAGAGACGGAAUGGAGGUAUGGCCGCAGCUCACAGAACUCUGUCUCCACCAUGAUGAAAACCAGGAUGGGAUUUGCGGUUGCAGACCACGCCCCCUAAUUUUGGGCACCUACCUUCGGAGCACGCAAAGGUCCCACUAAUCACCAGGCUAAAGUUUGGAGGUAUGUAUGAUGAUUGCAACACAUGAAUAAGGUUUUGGUGAAUGGGGGGAUAGCCGCAAAUAUUAUGUAUCAACUAGAUGUAUGACAGAGGGACCGCAUCAAAUAUGGGAGAUAUCUGCUGUGACACCUCCAUUUCCCACAGCAGCCACUGCCCCCAUAGGUUUCUAUGGGGUAUGCACUGCUGACAGAUUUGCCAAGUUUGGUCCUCACAGCUAAUGCCAUCUGAAAAUGGGGUUAGCUGCUAUAGUCCAUGGCAGAGGUUCCCAAACGCGGUCCUCAAGGCACCCCAACAGUCCAGGUUUUAGGUAUAUCCAUGGCUCAGCACAGAUGGUUAAAUCAAAUUGACUAAGGUGCUAAUUAAGUCACCUGUGGCCAAGCAUGGAUACAUUUAAAACCUGGACCAUUGGGGUGCCUUGAGGAGCGCGUUUGGGAACCUCUGGUCUAUGAGCUACAAUUUCCAGAAAUCACUGGGAGAGGGUUUCUCCUGAACCCACCCCAGCAAUGUCAGCGGCGCAUACGCAGGAGUCCCAACCCAGGAGUGAACACGCUGCAGGGACGGGCUACUUUCUGAAAUCCUGUCCCUGCUUGUGUUCAUUCAUAGAUUCCAUGGGUAUAAUCACUAAAUUUGCGGGCAGAUCACAUUGCAAAUGCGAAUAUUGGUAAAUGGGUCCCAAAAAGACAACAACAAUGGCUCUCAGGAUGAGGGAAACUUCAAGCAGUAUUAGUAACAUCUCUGUAGAUAAGGAAGUCCCAAACUGGAAAAAUGACAACUUAAUGUAUACAUUUUUACGACAGACAUACUGUAUACAAAGGAAAAAUAAGAAUAGUAUUAUUGUGCCUUUCAGUUUCCUCAAAUGACAAAUAAAUCAAAUUAUGUUCACAUAUAUAUUAACUGAGAAAGUCUGGGAAGCCAUUUGAAACCUCAUGCUGCCUAGAGCCUUCAUUAUAAUAUACUGUACAGUCAUGUUUGCAUAAACAUAAGAUAAUUGCAUUGCAGCAUGUGCACGUCACAUGGAUUUAAAUGGCAGACCCAGCGAUCCAACAAAAAUAUUUACAAUUGUCCUAAAUGCUCCACUGACAUAUUUUAAAUGCACCUUAUGUUUUAUGUUCAAAUAUCAUUUACUUUCAUCCAGUAUUUGUAAAAGAAAAAAAACCUUCUGAUGCAGAAGUAUUCUCUUUUAUUUUUUACAAGCACAUAUGACCUCUGUGUAUAUCGAGCUGACUCCACUUGUAAAUAUUUAGGGCUCUGUGCACUAUCAUACAUAUCUAAGAAUUAUUUCUUACAUAUAAUGCAGCUCUCCUCCAUCUUUUCUGAGGUGGCGGAGAUUUUUGCACACAAAGAAAAUGAGAGAGAGGUGCACACACCAUCUGAUUUCAAUGUCACAGCGCCAUGACUCCACCCUGACUACUCUUCUGGGGUUUGCCGUGCAAAAUGACAGAGCGGCGGAGAAGUAACGAUGCCACGUUACACUCCAUAUUUACCUUGGCACAUAGAUUCUUUAGAUUUCUAAAGUGGUUUCACUGUUUACUUAAUUGGCUUAAUACACAUACUGUAUAAGUUUGAUAGACACAGCUUAUUUUUAUAAAGUGUAUUGAAUUUUUGAAGUAAAUGUUUUCUUUGUUACAAUGCGGUAUGGGAAUACAAUAUUGUGUUAGAAGAACAUUCAUUUGAUCUGUUACUGAGUAAUUUGGAAUAGAAUGAUGUACUCAGUGUAAGUGGGAGUACUAUUGUUACAUACAGCACAGGGUCAGUUCUACACUGUGCUAUAUACAAUGUCCACAGGUUUUAUUCUAUUCCUUACUCUCCACUAAACUACAUGUAUUAUGUUUGCUUCACUAGGGGAAUUAUCUAGAUGGAUUUUGUGCUUGGAGGCUAUGCUGUAUAACAACCAUUCUGCCUGCAAUUAAUGUCAUUUAGAUUAGUGCUGUAACAGGUGGUAAGACAUUCAGUGCUUCUUUAAACUGUGAUAUUGUGUCAAUAAAAUAGAAUGCAAGUUA